AUAUGUGCUCCAGGUCAAGGCCACAGAUGCAGAUGACCCAACCUAUGGGAACAGUGCCAGAGUCGUUUACAGCAUUCUUCAGGGACAACCUUAUUUCUCUAUUGAUCCUAAGACAGGUGUUAUUAGAACAGCUUUGCCGAACAUGGAUAGGGAAGUCAAGGAACAAUACCAAGUGCUCAUCCAAGCCAAGGAUAUGGGUGGACAACUGGGAGGAUUAGCUGGAACCACAAUCGUCAACAUCACCCUCACUGAUGUAAACGACAACCCACCUCGCUUCCCCAAAAGUAUCUUCCAUCUGAAAGUUCCUGAAUCUUCUCCUGUGGGCUCAGCUAUUGGAAGGAUAAGAGCUGUGGAUCCUGAUUUUGGAAGAAAUGCCGAAAUCGAAUAUAAUAUUGUGCCAGGCGAUGGGGGAAAUUUGUUUGAUAUCAUCACAGAUGAGGACACACAAGAAGGGGUCAUCAAACUGAAAAAGCCCUUAGAUUUUGAAACAAAGAAGGCAUAUACUUUUAAAGUAGAGGCCUCCAAUCCUCACCUUGACCACCGUUUUCACUCCGUGGGCCCCUUCAAAGACACAGCUACGGUGAAGAUCAGUGUUUUGGACGUGGAUGAGCCACCGGUGUUCAGCAAGCCUCUGUACACUAUGGAAGUUUAUGAAGAUACUCCAGUGGGGACCAUCAUCGGUGCAGUAACUGCACAAGACCUUGAUGUGGGCAGUAGCGCCGUGAGGUACCUCAUAGAUUGGAAGAGUGAUGGGGACAGCUACUUUACAAUAGAUGGAACUGACGGAACCAUUGCCACUAAUGAAUUACUAGACAGAGAAAGCACUGCGCAGUAUAAUUUCUCCAUAAUUGCGAGUAAAGUUAGUAACCCAUUAUUAACCAGCAAAGUCAAUGUACUCAUUAAUGUUCUAGAUGUCAAUGAAUUCCCCCCAGAAAUAUCUGUUCCGUAUGAGACAGCUGUGUGUGAAAAUGCCAAACCAGGACAGAUAAUUCAGGUAGUCAGUGCUGCAGACCGAGAUCUGUCACCUGCUGGGCAGCAACUGUCCUUCAAAUUAUCACCUGAGGCUGCCAUUAAACCAAAUUUCACAGUCCGUGACUUCAGAAACAACACAGCUGGAAUUGAAACCCGAAGAAAUGGAUACAGCCGCAGGCAGCAAGAGCUGUAUUUCCUCCCCGUUGUCAUAGAAGACAGUAGUUAUCCUGUCCAGAGCAGCACCAACACAAUGACUAUUCGAGUUUGUAGAUGUGACUCUGAUGGUACCAUCCUGUCUUGUAAUGUGGAAGCAAUUUUUCUACCUGUAGGACUCAGCACUGGGGCUUUGAUAGCAAUCCUACUAUGCAUUGUGAUACUCUUAGUCAUAGUUGUGCUGUACGUAGCUCUGCGAAGACAGAAGAAGAAAGACACCCUGAUGACCUCUAAAGAAGAUAUCAGAGACAACGUGAUCCAUUAUGAUGAUGAAGGAGGUGGGGAGGAAGACACCCAGGCUUUCGACAUUGGUGCUCUGAGAAAUCCAAAAGUCAUUGAAGACAACAAAAUUCGCAGGGAUAUCAAACCAGACUCUUUCUGUUUACCUCGUCAGAGACCAGCAAUGGAAGACAACACAGAUAUAAGGGAUUUCAUUAAUCAAAGGCUACAGGAAAAUGACAUGGACCCCGCCGCCCCACCAUAUGAUUCCUUGGCCACAUACGCCUACGAAGGAAAUGGAUCUGUAGCGGAAUCCCUCAGCUCCAUAGACUCUCUCACCACAGAGGCUGACCAGGACUAUGACUUUCUGACAGACUGGGGACCCCGCUUUAAAGUCUUGGCAGACAUGUUUGGUGAGGAGGAGAGUUAUAACCCUGAUAAAGUCACUUAGGGGAAAGUGAAAGCAAAAAACACAACCAAGAGGAGAAAU